AUGGAUCAGAAUCCUUUGUAUGCGGCAGUUGGAACGCGCUUUUCUAACGGCUCGACAGACGUCGAAGCGUUGAAGAUUUUGGGUAAUGACACUCAUCCGGACUACAAUAGUCUUGAUCGCUCUUACGACUUUGCCAUCGUGAUGCUAGACGGGGUAAGCCGGUUCCGUUUCGCACAGCUGCCAUUACCAACUGAAGCUUCUCGUACUAUCUCUCCUGAUACGUUAACGACUACAUUUGGAUGGGGAAGUACGGAUCCAACCAAGUGCGACGCCGUAGCUGAAGAGCUACACAGCGUCGAUCUUCCGGUAUGGGAUAACGAAGCCUGCCGAAAAGCAUUGGGCUUUGAUUUUAUUGACGAUAAAUUUAUCUGUGCUGGCGGUGAAGAGGGUAAGGGACCCAUGCUGGUUGACAUGGGUGGCCCUCUUGUCAUAAAGGAGAAUGACAAAUUUGAGGUGGUUGGUAUGCUGAGCUACGCGUUAGAGGGUGCAAAGGGUAAGCCGUCGGUGUUUGGAAAUUUGGCGAAAGCGCUUCCGUGGAUCUAUAACUAUCUUGCAGUCCUAACAAGUCACCGUUAA